AUGUCUCGCUGUGCCUAACUCAUGUUCCCUAACUCCUUCAUAACUCCUGGCUUUGGCGACCUCACUGUCUUUGCAGUCGUUUCGCGGUAUUUCUGUCUCGUAUCCCAGUCUUCAGCACCAUAGUUGCGACGCACCUUACAGAAUUUCACUCGGCGUAUAGGCUUGAAUCACCUACAGAACGGUCAAUAAGUUCCAAGGGGUAUGCGGCUGACCUGUCAGGUCCCGAACUCGUUUUCCUCAUUUCCUCAUCCUGGAUAUAGUCGUUCUACAAAGUGGAUAUUUGUCCGGUCGAUCGUACGCACGCGUUUCGUGCAGCUGGUAUUUGUCUCGCUCUGGGUCAUCAAUGAACAAUUACGAACUGCAUCGAACUCGACCUACAAUGCUGCUAGUUUUGCGGCACAGACAACUGUGGUAGAAGCCAUCAAGUUCGCUUUGAGUGCCAUCUACUUCUAUUGCAGCCGAGGUUCCCAGGCUCCAUGUCUUUCUCCCAGGACGCGUCGGUAUACUAGCGUCCCAGAUGAAGAGGAGCGGGCUCUGAAUGAUCUGAACAACUCACUCGAGGAUGAAUUCGUGGAUGUUACUCCUCCGAAUGGAUACGCUCAGCCUUUACCUCAACCGAUCGCGACCUCAAUGCCAACGGCGAUCAGUGUCGGUCUUGUCGUUCUUGCAGCCUUCAUGUCUACGUAUCUGAAACAUACUGCAUCUCUGGUUGAGCGUUUGACUGAUCCGUUCACGCUUUACCUCGGGUUUCCCGCUACUGUUCUGUUCACAUUCCUGAGCUCUUUCUUCAUUUUAUCCCGAACUUUCGAUACAUUGCAAUGGCAGUCCGCCCUCUUACAGUUUUGCGGACUCUUGCUCGUGCAGGCUAGCCUCAUUCCCUCGCCUAUCGCCGAACAUUCUUACCCUUUUCUAAUGGGUUUUGCAUUAUCUGGAUCGUCUUCUCUGCUGCUCAUGGACUUUAUAUAUACCAACCAUCAUAAUAUCUCUUUAGAGCUCUUGCAUGUAAUCUUUUUUGCCUCUUCUUUCUUGUCGAGUACAGUUGCAUUGAGCGCCCAGCAUCCCGUUCAAUCUACUAUUCAAGAACAUGUCUCGACAUUCACCCCUCUGGACAGUUUGCAUGUCAUCACCCAGGUUGUUCUGGAUCUGCUCUCAUUGGCAGCCAUAUUCUACUUUGAAGCUGCCACAGCUGCGGUUUUGGUCUCAUUUGGAGCGGCCGUACAUCUGUUGCUCCUUAGCGUCGUCCCCGCAACUCAUACAUUCGCCCUUGCCAUCGGCAGCAUUGUAGCAGCAGUUGCAUCCAUCACAUAUAUUGCACAAUGGAGACGCAGUGAUGAAAAGAAAGCUCACAGUGUACUGUUCAACAUGGUCGGCUCAUUCCUCGUCCUAAUGGCAGGAGCGUAUGUUGCUAUCGGGUCGUAUCGAAUGUACCCCAUCGUGUCGUCAUAUACGUCUAGUCCCUCUACGGUCACGGACAUUAUUACCGCGGCCAAGGUGACAUGUCCUCGCAAGCCACUGCUGUCCCAUUCCUUCUACUCUCAUGAACGUCAAUAUCACGCAUUCGAUAACGUCCUCCUUAUCGUGUUCUUUAGUCAUGCGAGGUAUGACGCGAAUUUAGAAUAUUAUAAAGAAGUAUAUUCGGAAUUUUUCCCAAAUAUCGUAUUUGUUGGCCCUGGUAGUAGAGAAGAUGCCGGGUUUGCUCAUUCUUACGACGUCCUCGUGGAUUCAUACCAAUCAGAUGAAGACUUGAGCGAUCCCUCAUUUUAUAAAAUGGCGGGCAGGAUGGCCCAUCAUAUGCUCUACACCGCCAUGCGCGAAUACGACUGCUAUGACGGGUAUCUCUGGGCUCCAUUCGAUACACUUUUGAAUAUCCCUAGGCUACAACAAUUCGACCAGAGAUACUUCUGGUAUCAUUCGCCAUUUGGACAAUAUGUUCAUAACCCUGCCUUGGGCGACGAGGUGGCGAAUCGCAAUGCUAGCAGACAUCCGCCACCUGCGAAGAUCUCACCGGACCCAGCGAUCAACCUUACAGCUACGUGGCGAGGAUGGGGUCCUGAUUGGUGGUGGGGAGAACCUCAUGUCGGGGUCGAAGUGUGUAUGCGCUCAUUCCGCAAAGUUCCUCAAGAAAUGCGGGAUCGUCUUGCUGCAAAAACGAACGGAACUCGAUUAAUUGGAGGCUCCGCCGAUACCUUAUACAUCCCGGGAAAGCAUCGUCAAACAUUCAUGGAUAUCCUGGGUCUAUUCCUCGAGACAGAUUGUUUCUUGGAAAUUGCUACACCAACAGCGCUACAUUUAGCUGUACCACCAGAGGAACCAAUCCUAUACGUGGACCAUUGGUGGAUUUGGCUGCCUCCCCUCAAUGCCUCUUUCGUGCGGCAACAAUGGACGGCAGGGUUCGAAGUGGACACCUUCCAUACGUUCCACUGGGGUGAUAAGGAUUCUGACGGUAUCUGGAGACCGAAUCCUGCCAAUAUCCCAGACGUUCGACGCUUGCUCCUGGAAUCUGCUACAAGACAAGGCGUCGAGCUACCCAUUCGAACGAUCGAAAGAGAACACCACUAACCUUCGCUAUAGUCGCACGUCAAGCAUUCACAGCUUGUACUCGAACAUCCCGGGGGCACAGAGCUAUCCGGAAAAAAUGCCAAGCAGGAUCAAGACUGCCAGAGUGGCUCUGGUCUUUUUGGAUGCGAGCAAGCGGUAUGCUUUUGAGUUGGUGUUUGUGUGGGGUUUGAUGGCGGACGUUACCACUACACAGCGGUUUUGCCUAUGUACAUAGCUAUCAGACACGCGAUUUGGGCUAUGUGAGGAUAAUGUAUACGUGCAGUUCCACUCCACAGCAUGCAUCGAUUGGAUGUAUACUUGCUGAUCCCUGGAAACCAAUGACGAAAUAUAUAGCUGGGAUGGACAGUCACGAGACUCAUGCCAAAGAUCCUUCGUGUAAAGACAUGCGUUUGUCACUUCUGAAGAUUCGAAUUGUACAGAACUCACCAACAAGUCUUUCCAUCGUCUUAGUACCAUAACCACGCUUUCUCCAGUAAUGCUCGAUCGUCAUGGUUCCUCAAAUAAUUCCGGUAUCGGGGCCAACGUCAACUGAGGAGCAGAGUGUCGCCGAUGUUCAUUCUUGGGCCGGUCUUGCGUGACAUCCCGAUGAGGCGGGCUGGAUAGAGACGGCGAAGGUAGAGGACUGCAGAGUAGCCUCCGAUUCUGCUCGCACCUCGUUGCAAGGUCCCCCUCCAGGAUGCGAAUGCGAGCUUGCAGACUUCUGCAGGUCUCUGCCAUACCCGCGAGAAGUCGUCGAUACGUGUCGAUGUCCACAGAAGACGUCGAGAUUGGGACCGAGUCUGUGUGUUCAGACUUUUUGUGAGUUCCCUGGCGAGGCAGAGACAUCUUGGACAUCAGCAGGGAGAAAGCACGGCCAGCCCUGGGACGUGGGGUUUUUGGGUUGGCCAGCGACGCGACGGCGCGUCUGUCAGCUUUAGUGUCAGGCCAUUUAUUACAAUUUGGACUGCAUGAUAUAAAUUAUCGGCCUUCGGCCUUUGA